AUGGCAACGGCAGCUGUUCAUGACAGUGGUAUUAAGCCAUUUUUCAAUCAGAAAACACAAGACUAUGAGAUUCAAAUAGCAGCAAAGACUCAGAACUUACGCAGGUUGGAAGCUCAAAGAAACACAUUGAACAGUAAGGUCAGAUCAUUGAAGGAUGAAUUGCGGUUGCUACAGGAGCCCGGUUCAUAUGUUGGAGAAGUGGUGAAAGUUAUGGGAAAGAAGAAAGUGUUGGUCAAAGUUCACCCUGAAGGUAAAUACGUGGUGAAUGUGGCCAAUAAUCUCGAUAUGAAAGAUAUUACAACCGGUUUACGAGUGUGUCUAAGAAGUGAUACGUAUGAGCUACACAUGGUUCUUCCUAACAAGGUGGACCCUCUUAUUUCCUUGAUGAUGGUGGAAAAAGUGCCCGAUUCUACUUAUGAUAUGGUUGGUGGUUUGGAUAAACAAAUUAAAGAGAUUAAAGAAGUGAUUGAGCUACCUGUGAAACAUCCCGAAUUGUUCGAGAGUUUGGGUAUAGCGCAACCUAAAGGUGUCAUCUUGUAUGGACCACCAGGUACUGGUAAGACGUUAUUGGCCAGAGCUGUUGCUCAUCAUACUGAUUGUAAGUUUAUUAGAGUGUCUGGUUCUGAGUUGGUUCAGAAAUAUAUUGGUGAGGGUUCCCGAAUGGUGAGAGAAUUGUUUGUGAUGGCUCGUGAACAUGCUCCAUCUAUCAUUUUCAUGGAUGAGAUCGAUUCGAUCGGUUCAUCCAGAGUGGAAAGUUCUUCCGGAGGAGGAGACUCUGAGGUGCAACGAACCAUGUUGGAGUUGUUAAACCAGUUGGAUGGUUUUGAGUCUUCUAAGGAUAUUAAGAUUAUCAUGGCCACAAACAGAUUGGAUAUUUUAGACCCAGCUUUGCUUAGACCGGGUAGAAUAGACAGGAAGAUUGAGUUUCCUCCACCUUCUCUCGCUGCUAGAACAGAUAUCGUCAAAAUUCAUUCCAGAAAAAUGAACCUAACGAGAGGCAUUGAUCUAAAGAAGAUUGCCGAAAAGAUGAACGGUUGUUCUGGUGCAGAGAUCAAAGGUGUUUGUACUGAAGCCGGUAUGUAUGCUUUAAGAGAGAGGCGUAUUCAUGUUACCCAGGAGGACUUUGAAUUGGCCGUUGCUAAGGUGAUGAACCGGAACGAUGAAGGAGGUGUUUCUGUGGCUAAAUUGUUCAAGUAA